UACAGCUGCAUAAUCACAUGAGAUGAGGCUGGUGUUGUGUCACGUGAGGUGUCGCUUCUUAAACAUGGCGCCGCUAGCACAGAACAAAACACCAUCGACUGACUGACUGUCGUUUGUCUGUUGACACGCAUCAGUAAACAUCACAAAAUGGAGCAAGUAGUUAAAUGUCGCCCCGCAGUGUGUCCUCGUUUUAUAAAGUUAAUGUUGUACAAACUCAUCAUGCGUGAAACCGGCGGUGCACCGUUAGCUUAACGCUAGCUAGCUGUCAGCUGCUACAAGUGGUGAGAGAGAGACAGGCUGCGGAAGAGAUUAGGUCUGCCCUUGUUGACUUUGAUUUCUUCCUCCAUGAAUGUCUGAGAGUCAUCCUUGUGGGAGACAGCGAGGUGUACGCAGCAGGACGUUGUGCAACUCUUAACAAGCAUUGGAGACUCGCCAUGGAUUGGCUGAUGCAUGCAGUUGAGAAAGACUUGGGGGUUGACCGACGGCAGCAAGGCCCAGGUCCCCGUCCCAGGGAGCUCGUAGCCCUUGUUCCUACGCGAUGGGUGAUGGGCCUGAGGGAGGGGAGGGUCAUGCGCUGUGCCCGCUUUGACAGCAUCAGUGAAGCAGAAAUUCACACGUAUCUUCAGUGUUCCCAGGCAAAGUUGCCCUCUGGCUGGAUGCGAGUGUGCAUUCAGGGUCUGAGGAAAAGCAAGCUGAGCUACAGAUUGGCCAGAGACCCUUGCCAUCAACAAAUGGAGUUUAUGUCACAGGAUUCUUAUGUCAAAACCAUGCAGUGUGUGUCGCAACAUAAUGUCAGGAAUCUAUGGCGUGAAGCUCAUUACAAACUUGUGCAGGCAUAUGCAGGAGCCAAUGAACAGAUGCAUGCUGCAGCUGUAGAUGCAGUGCGUCAUGCUUUACAGAAGCUCUUCAAUUCCACAUUCAUCUCAUCUGACGGAGUGUCACCAUCCCUUUCUCCAACUAGAGAGAAGGAGAAAGAAAACUACUUGCCAUCCAGUUCAUCUUGCUUUUCCAAGUCCCAGUCAGACCAUCUGUGUCCUAAUGUUCUGCCUGCAGAGUGUCUGCUAGAGACAGCAGAGAUGCUGUAUGUGAUUCUACCUUAUACUCAGUAUUCACUCCAUGAUAUUGUCUCCUUCAGCCCAGCCAAGCUCGCUAACAGCCAUGCCAAAGUGUUGUUCAUUCUCUACCAGUUACUAAUAGCCCUGCAGGCAUGUCAUGCAGCAGGUCUGUCUUGUGGAGAGCUCUCCCUGCAGGACAUAGCAGUAGAUGAGCAGCUCUGCAGCCGUCUCAAGCUCAACCUAGCCCAUUAUGAGGAACUGGGGAUGGAAGGGGAUGCAAAUAGUGAUGUUACUGGCAGACAAGUGCCAAAAAGUGUCCUGCCAAGGGACAAUUCAUGUGUGAGCCAAGAGAACAAGAGACUUUGCAAAGACUGCUUUGGUGAGCUUAAGACAUUGGUUCUGGACUGGGUCCAUGGACGAGUCAGUAACUUCCGCUACUUAAUGGAACUGAACAGGUUAGCAGGACGGCGGGAAGGAGACCAUAAUUAUCACCCAGUACUGCCUUGGGUGGUGGAUUUCACUGUGCCAUUCGGAAAAUUCCGGGACCUUAGGAGGUCAAAGUUCAGGCUCAAUAAGGGGGAUAAGCAACUAGACUUCACAUAUGAGAUGACCAAAGAGGCUUUGGCAGCUGCAGUGGGUAAUGUGGUAGGUGGAAGCGGUGUAGGUGGAGACCUCAGUGGCUCUGUAGGUGCUGGUGGUGCUGGACAGCCUGACCACCUCCAUGUACCUCAUCACAUAUCUGAUGUGCUCUCAGACAUUACCUACUAUGUCUACAAAGCGCGCCAGACACCCAAGUCAGUGUUGUGCAGCCAUGUUAGAUCCCAGUGGGAGCCUAAUGAAUAUCCAGCCAGUAUGGAGCGCAUGCAGAGCUGGACCCCUGAUGAGUGCAUUCCAGAGUUCUACACAGAUCCCUCCAUUUUCCGUUCAAUCCACCCCGACAUGCCAGACCUGGAUGUGCCUUCCUGGUGCAAGUCGUGUGAGGAGUUUAUUGAGGUCCAUCGGCGCCUUUUGGAGAGCAAAGAGGUUUCCCAGCAUUUGCAUCACUGGAUAGAUCUCACAUUUGGCUAUAAGUUGUCUGGUAAAGAAGCUGUCAAGGCCAAGAAUGUGUGCCUGCACCUAGUGGACAACCACACCAAUCUAACUACCUAUGGUGUAGUUCAGCUGUUCGACCAGCCCCACCCUCCCCGCUUAUCUCCUUCCCAGUACGCCCCAGCAGAACCUCCUCUCCUUGGCCUUGCUACUCUUAAUGUGCCUUUUCUACACAUCCCUCAAAUCGACACCAUGGCUGACACUGUGGAUGGAAUGGUGCCAGAGUCCACAGGGUGUGAGUCCAGUGGCUGGACCAUGGUAGACAGAGAUGAAGAGCUUGAACAAGGUAUGGAAGCUUUGGACUCAUUAGCGUCCACUGGCUCAUCCUCUUCUGCGUCCUGCUCUGUGCCAAUGCCAAGCAGCAGUACAGCGGGAGGAAAGAUGGGAGGAGAGCACACAGCACUUACUGUAUCACAGUCCCCAAGUUCAUUUCCUGGUGAUUUCACAAGUAGCUUAGGCCCUGGUUUACGCAGUGCCAUGUUACAAAGAGGUGGGUCAACGAACAAAAAACAUGGGGAGGGGAGUAUGACCACCACCAAUGCAGAGGAAAUCAAGAUCAUCCUCCCUGAAGGCUUCAACCCCUUGCAACCGUUGGAAGAGCUGGAGAAGUUGAACAAUUUCCUGGUGAAGAGUCUGCACGCUGAAGUAUGGCAUCCUGCAGGAUGUAGUGACUGCUUGAGAGAUGGUUUGAUAAUUGAAUCUCUACCCUCUCUUACACAGCUCUACCAAAGAGACAUGCAGGCCCUUGGUGUUCUCAUCGCUGAGAUAUUCUACUCCUCUAAACUGAGAGGACUGAAACCAGGCAACCCCCUCAGACAGCGUUUCCAAACUGUUAUGAGGCUAUGCUCUGCCAAUCUCCGUGAUGUGCCACUGUCUUUGCAUCAUGCUCUUGAGACACUGCUGCUAAUAGAGAAGAACUCUGGAAAAGCACCUGGAGAAGUACCAGAUUGCACACCUCCACUCCUUUUCAAAUAUGACCCCAUCUGCGAUGGUCUGCCUCCCCCAAACCCCUGCCAGUUACUGAACUCAGUCAUCACCCCCUUUCCUUUCCCUUCAUAUUUUGCAGCACUUCAUCACUUUAUCUUUUCCUACCAUGCCAAGAUGGAGACUACAUGUAGUCUUCAAGGAAGAGAUGUUGUCUUUCACCUGUGGCAGCAGCUUGAGACACUGUUGCGGGGUAACAUCACAGCUGAGGGUCUUGAGAUUCUUUUGCCCUUCAUUCUAGCCCUCAUGCUUGAGGAGUCCACUGCUGUCUAUGCUGCUUGGUACCUUUUCGAGCCCAUCUCUAGAGUACUAGGUCCCAGAAAUGCAAACAAGUACUUACUGAAGCCACUGAUCAAUGUUUAUGAAAACCCCCACUGCCUGCGAGGACGUUUUUAUCUCUACACUGACUGUUUCAUCCUACAGCUUAUUGUGAGGCUUGGCCUGCAGGCCUUUCUGUCAAGCCUACUCCCCCAUGUGCUGCAGGUCAUCACUGGCUUUGAAAGCGGCAUCUCAGGCCCUAGUGGGGAAGUUUGCAAAGGGCUGAGGGGUGGCACAUGUAAUCUAGGAGAGGAAGAAGAGGACUUUCAGUGUGGCGAGGUGCGGCCAUCUUCUGGGUCUGUUAGUGGGAAUAUGGGAGGUAGCAGUGGAGCCAGCGGAGGAGUCGGGGUGGUGGGAGACACAGGGCUAGUCGAUUACUCCUCUGGCAUCAGUCUCAAUGACCAAGUGUUUCUUUCAGAGGCAGAGGACUUUCAGAAUGGGUUUUAUGUUAACAGUGGAGCAGGGGUGGCUGCUGGGAAACAGCAGAGCCAGAACUCUGCAGCCAAGGAUCAAGACCAGGAGUCUCUAAGUGUGGGGAAACUAAGUGACAAAAGCAGCACAAGUGAGCUCUCAUUGGGUGAUGGAGACUCAAUGAGGGAUCGAGCCAGUCUCAAAUCGGCUGACAGCAGCCAGGACUUGAAACACGCUAGUGAAGGAGAGGAGGGAGGAGAGCUGGAGGAAGAAGAAAUGACUGAGACUAAUGAGGGUAAAGAGGGGACAGAUGACCCUACCGUUCCCAACCUGGACCUCACUCUCUCUGGUUGCACAGAAGCUUCAGGAACCACAGUUGCCACUCUGGAGGGUGAGUUUGUGAAUGGAAUGGCAUUGGAAGGCACUGAGACUGGCAAUAUGGGAGAGCAGCAGGAGGAGGAGGAUGACCAUGAUCCAUCAGAAGAUUCUGAGGAAAAAGAACAAAAGAUUCUUCUCGAUACAGUCUGCAAAACAGUUCGAUGGCUUUCAGCAAAGCUUGGACCAACAGUGACGUCUCGAUAUGUAGCCAGAAAUUUGCUGCGAUUGCUCACAAAUUGUUAUAUUGGGCUUGAGAAACACCAGUUUGUGGCCCCUGCGUCUGAGGAGAGCAGUCUGGAGAGUGUGGGAAUGGGCAGUGUGUAUGAGAAGAAACCUGUGGUUGGUGACCAGACAGCAGGGCCUGUGUUGGACUGUCUCAUCUACAUAGCUCAACUUUAUGGAGAGCCUGUACUCACUUACCAGUACCUGCCAUAUAUAGGAUAUCUGGUUUCUCCACCUUCUUCGCAGCGUCUAAACACACGUAAGGAGGCAAGUCUGCUUGGAGCUGUUGCACUUACACAGAAGAUCAUUGUGUUUCUCUCUGAUACCACUCUGAUGGACAUGCUUAUGAAGAUCAAUCAGGAUGUGCUCCUACCACUACUGGACUUGCUCACCACCCCCCGCAUGGGGUUCCCCAGCGGGGUGCAGACACGCACUGCCGUCUGUCUCAAGACACUCAGCCUGAUGGCUCUCAUCUGUCUGCGCAUCGGGAGGGAGAUGGUGCAACAGCAUAUGGCUGACACUCUGCGUCGGUUCUUUACUGUUUUCUCUUUGCUGCAUUCUCUGCAGCCCCAGCUGGACAGCGCCCCUCGCAGAGUUGUGGGAGAUGUCACGGUCGUGGACGUCUGCACACCUGAAGCAUCAAAUGUGACAUAUGAGUUGGGGGUAUUGGAGGAGCUGCAGACUGUAUUUAACCCUGAGAUGGCCCAUGCAUCCUACAUUCCCUUCUACUGUCUUAUAGGUGACAUGGCAAUUCGGAAACUGGUUCCCAACCACGAGCUGGUCUGGCAGUUGGCCCAGUCCUACCAUCAGAGUGUAAGUCAGGGGAGUCCAGAGACAAACCUCACAACAGCGUCCAGGGUGGAGCUACGUCCUUCAUCCGCUGGUCUCUCCUCUGGUUUUGGUGGACGUGUGGGUUGCAGCCCAUUCCCUGCACCCUCGACUAGCUCCACCCUGCUGGGAGACUCCCUCCCUGAGUCAGGCACGUUUGGGAGCCACCUGGUAGGAAACCGUAUCCAAGUGUCUCGGGACACUGAUUAUGCUGGUAGCCAGAACCUUGGGUUGUCCAACUCUUGGGGACGCUCCAGUCAUACCACCCCCAUCAUCACCACUGCCUCCACCUUCACCACUCCAUCCAUUGGCACAGCUUCCUUUUCCUCCUCCUGGGUGACAGGCCCCACCCCAGAGGACAGUGCCCUGAAGCAGGAGCUCCCUCGCAGUGGCCGCUCCCUGCAGGGCAACUGGCUGGCCUACUGGCAGUAUGAGAUUGGCCUUAACCAGCAGGAUCCACAUUUCCACUUCCACCAGAUCCGACUGCAGAGUUUCCUGGGUCACUCAGGCACCACGAAGUGUUUGGCACCACUGGCAGGAGAGGAUUACUUCCUUUCUGGUAGUAAAGACAAGACUGUGAAGCUUUGGCCCCUCUAUAACCAUGGUGAUGGAACACAGGAGGUGGAGCCCAGGUUGACAUAUAAUGACCAUCGAAAGUCAAUCUUCUAUGUUGGACAGCUAGAGACUUCACUGGAGGUAGUCAGCUGUGAUGGUACUGUGCACCUGUGGGACCAGUAUACAGGCAAGCAGAUCCGCUCGUAUGAAGCCGUGGAUGGAAAGAAUCCCAUUACUGCUGUCACUACCAUGCCAGCUCCACACUGCAGUGUUGUGUUUGGCAGUGCAGAUUCUGUUCUCCGCUUCAUUGAUCCUCGCAAACCAGGACUGCAGCAUGAAUUUCGUCUGGCAUACAACAAUGUGAGUGCUGGGCUCAUCCGCUACCUCGCAGUGAGCCCUUCAGGGCGUACUGUGGCUGCAGGGUUCUCAUCUGGCUUCAUUGUUCUGCUAGACGCACGUACUGGACUUAUUCUGAAAGGCUGGCCAGCUCAUGAGGGAGAUAUCCUCCAAAUGAAGGCUGCAGAAGGAAACUUGGUCAUUAGCUCCUCUACUGACUACACACUCACUGUUUGGAAAGAUCUGGAACACAAGCCUCUUCGCCUGUACAAGUCGCAGUCCGACCCCAUCCACGCCUUUGAUCUUUACGGUUCGGAGAUCGUAACCGGAACAGUGGCUAACAAGAUAGGGGUGUACUCCAUGGCAGACAUCUCCCUGAGUCCCGUUAGCAGCACAAAACUGAGCUCAGAGAACUUCCGCGGCACUCUGACCAGCCUGGCCGUCCUGCCCACCAAGAGGCUCUUGCUGCUGGGCUCUGAAAAUGGGGCCAUCCGGUUACUAGCUUAGGGAAAAUCUAUGGCUCCCAGCUACACUCUUAUCACUGACCUUGAAAGUGUCUUAAUCGUGAAGACAUCAGGCUCUUAGCUCUCUCUGUCCCUUCUCCUGUGGUCAAUUGUACUGGUAGGGCAGUUUGUCAGUUCCUCUAAAUUGCUUUUUGAAUGAAUCAGCACAAGUAAAUGCAUUGUAUAAGCUUCAUUUCUACCGAAUCUUGCCACUCUGGUUGUUGGCACCGAAUUUAAUGAACAGAAAAUGUGUGCCACGCAAUUAACAUUUAUCAUGUACAGCAAAUCCCAUGAUCUUUUUAAAAAGCCUAUAGAUGUAUAGAUGGUAUAUAAUGGGAAAUUCGUAUCUUGGCAAGGUCAUUUAUUCUUUUGACUAGGUCAGUUAUUCUCUUCAAAAGAAUGAAUCAGAAGGCGUGCUCAGGAAGGUGGAACCAAACACGGUUCUUAUGUAGUGUUUACACUUUCCAAAUAGAUGCAUAACAACACCAAAAAUACAUUGACCUCAACUUUCAUUUCCUUUUGAUGUUAGAAUACAUGCGUAUCCAAAUGCACUGAUGAAACUAUGCAGUAUUUGUAGAUCAAAUCAUUUGUUUGUGUUAGUGCCCCCCCCCCGAGAGAUGUUUCACAGUAGAUUUAUACGUCAUGAACAAUAAAAGUAAACUCACUGUUUUGUCAACAGUCUUGUUGCAUCUUCUCACAGUGGAGACGCUUCAAUUGUUGUCACAUACAAAAGUCAAUUACUGAUACAGACUUUAUUCUACUGCACAAGUAUGGCCUGAAUUGUAACAUUUAGAUUCUCACUCAGAUUUUAAACACUGAAUGUUUUUAUCCACUAAUAAAUUACUUGAAGUUGCUUUUGGGGUUUUUAAACACUGUUUAGAGAUUCUUGAUUUAGCAGUCAGAACCUGUAGCAACAUUAUACUGGAAGUGUAUCUAGGCAGAUGCCACUUUGACUGGGUAAGCCAGUUGUUAGACUCUACACUUUCUAAUUUCUGACUACAAAAGCUAACAUAGGAACAGUCAAUGCCAAGGUAAACAGUUUUGUAUUUUAACAUGUAUAUGUUACUGCAUAUGAAUUUGUUGAGAAAAUUUCAACAAGUUAUAAAUCAAUAAAACUUUUGUUCCUUAAACCCAGCCCGGUUUCCACUAAACUCUUAAUGAAUAUCAGAGUUUUCAAAGACCAUUAGCAUCCAACGACCAUAGCACUCCCCUUUAUAUGAUUUUAUCACUGUCAUGUUGUAAAACACAACCUACUUUUCUAAUUAUUUGCCCAAAGCUCAAAAUGCUCUGACAAGUGUAUUACACCUUUUGAUAUUUUGUGUGUUUUGUAAACCUGGCGUUAAAGCUCAGUAAUCAUAAAUGAACAAACUUUGUUUUAAAAAUAAAAUUUGUAGUUGCAUAUUGAUAAUUGGUUAUGAUUGAAUCAGUACAGUAUAUCUUUGAACAUUUUAAAAGAAGUCCAUGAAAAUGCUUAUUUAUUAACUGGAUUAAUAAAAAAAAAAAAUGGCCUCAAUGUUUUUUUUGUGUGUUCCAGUUGUUCUGUGUGAUUCACCUGGAUUCAUCAUGACUCCCAGCCAUGUCUUCCGGUCUUUGCUGAGUCACUAGAGCUCAGAUUGGACAAAGUCCUCUCUUGUGUUUGCAGACGGCUGUCAUGUGAUCUAGAAGAAAGCACUUUUGCUUAUUAGUGAAAUUGUGAACAUUUCAGCUGAAUAAAUGUAUGUUUUUCUUUUC